CAAUACAUCCUCUUCCCUCUAACCCUAAAAGGGUCUGAUUCUUCUCCUCCGCUCACAUAGUUCUGUUCUGCUCAGUCAUCCUCCUUUCAUGCAUGACUAGAGCUCGCUGAUUCUUAGGGUUUCGCGGCUGCCGGCGUCGCCGCUGUCUCUGCUGCUCCAUACAAGAUACUUGCGAUGGCAACAGCAGAGGCAUCCCUCGGUCCACGGUACGCGCCUGAUGAUCCGACUCUUCCUAAACCGUGGAAGGGUUUGAUUGAUGGGAGCACCGGUAACCUGUACUAUUGGAAUCCCGAGACUAAUGUUACCCAGUACGAGAAGCCUGUGGCCUUGCCUCCUCCCCUCCCCCAAGGUCCACCACCUGCCAAUACUGCAGGGAAUGGGAUGCUUACUCAGUCGGGACAGCAGAUGAAUCAAUCCCUUCAAGGGCUGCAAGGGAAUCAGUUACCGCAUCAGCAUGGGCAAUUGAAUUCGGAGCAGCAAUCUCCAUUAGGGAUGCAGGGUGCUCACCAAGAAGGACCUCAAAUUGGCCAAGUUGUGUCCCAGCAGGUUUCUCAGUUAGGACCCCCUGGUAACCAUGUGCCACAUCAGUAUAUGAUGCAGCAUCCAUCUCACCAGAUGUUCCUGCAGACAGGGCAGCAGAUACCUCAACAAUUGCAGCACCAUUUGGGACAGCAAGCACCACAACAGCAGUCGGGGCACCAGAUUCCCCAGGAGGCUGCUCCACAGGUUCCACUUCAACUGGGGCAGAAAGUGGGUCAAUCUCAAGGACAUCAGUUUUUGCAUCAGCAGACUCAACCGAUGGGGUAUCAGCAAACGUUUCCUAUUCCGAAGCAAGAUAAUUCGCAACAAGUUCAGAAUAGUGCCCACGGGCUGCCGUUCCCUGGCCCACAAGAAUAUAGUGCAGGAUUCCCGAAGCAAGAGGAAGCCAAAUUUUCUCCACCUCAACCACAGCAAGGUGGAAGUACAUCGACUCCAAACCUGCAAGGCGGUCCAAAUUCAGUCAUGGCACAGAUGGGUGCACACUCAGGCCCAGUUCAGCAGUACAGUGGCUUGCAAGGCAAUAUGCAGAGGCGGAGCACCACAGCUCAGUUCCAGCAUCCUGGGCCUGAUAUGGGUAACCAACAGCAUUUUCCAAGAUUCCCAAAUCAGAUGGGCCCAUCAAUGAUGCAUGCACAGCAAUCUAAUGUGGCUUCAGCUGGGAUGCGAAUGGGGCCUGAGGAUAACUCGCGUGGCAGACCCGGAAAUGAGUAUUAUUACAAUGCUAAUAAGGAAGGGCCGAUGCUGAGUCCUCAGCUCCCGAAGCUUGCACCAAUACCAGUGGCCAGAAAUCAGCCGAGCAUGAUUGGUCCAGGCAGUGUGCCAUUCCAAAAUGCUCCACCUGGACCUACCAGUGGAUUGAAUGCUUUAACGGGCCAUGGGAUGCAUAGUAUGGGUGGCCAUGGAAGUGGCCCUCCGCCUUUUACAAAUAAUGCUCCUUAUGCUGGACCUCUUGAUGGUCAUCUAACAUCUGUUGAAGCUUACUGCCAACAUCAUGAAGUUACAGCAACUGGAGACAAUAUUCCACCGCCAUUCAUGACAUUUGAGGCUACUGGUUUCCCUCCGGAGAUUCUGAGAGAGAUAUACUCUGCUGGUUUCACUGCCCCAACACCUAUACAGGCGCAAACUUGGCCAAUUGCUCUGCAAAGUAGAGACAUAGUAGCAAUUGCCAAAACAGGCUCAGGGAAAACAUUGGGUUACUUAAUGCCUGCUUUCAUGCUUCUCAGAACACGCCGCAAUAACCCUCAGAAUGGCCCCACUGUACUUGUCUUGUCCCCUACAAGAGAGCUUGCAACACAGAUACAAGACGAGACCAUCAAAUUCGGACGGUCUUCGCGGGUAUCUUGCACGUGCCUGUAUGGUGGAGCUCCAAAGGGACCUCAAUUGAAAGAACUAGAUCGAGGGGCAGAUAUUGUGGUUGCAACUCCAGGCCGACUCAAUGAUAUCCUUGAAACGAGACAGAUUGACCUUCAGCAGGUUUCCCUGCUUGUGCUUGACGAGGCAGAUCGAAUGCUCGACAUGGGUUUCGAGCCUCAGAUCCGUAAGAUCGUGAAUGAGAUACCUCCCAGGAGACAAACUCUAAUGUAUACUGCAACCUGGCCCAAAGAAGUGAGGAAGAUAGCAAGCGAUCUUCUUGUAAAUCCAGUCCAGGUGAACAUUGGGAAUGCCGAUGAGCUUGCUGCUAACAAAUCUAUUACACAGUUUGUUGAGGUUGUACCUCAGAUGGAGAAACAGAGGCGGCUGGAGCAAAUUCUUCGAUCACAAGAACGUGGGUCUAAGGUCAUAAUCUUCUGUUCCACAAAGCGAUUGUGUGACCAACUUGCACGGGGUAUCGCGCGCAAUUUUGGAGCAGUCGCGAUUCAUGGAGACAAAUCUCAGGGUGAGAGAGACUGGGCUUUGAAUCAGUUCCGAAGUGGGAAGUCCCCCAUAUUAGUCGCCACCGAUGUUGCUGCUAGGGGACUGGACAUUAAAGAAAUAAGGGUGGUGAUCAAUUUUGAUUUUCCUACUGGAAUUGAGGAUUAUGUUCAUCGAAUUGGGAGAACCGGGAGGGCUGGUGCCACUGGGGUGUCCUACACUUUUUUCUCCGACCAGGACUGGAAGUAUGCGGCCGACCUCAUAAAAGUUUUGGAAGGUGCAAAUCAGCAAGUGCCCCCGGAAGUCCGGGAGAUGGCUUCUCGUGCUGGACCCGGGUUUGGAAAGGACCGGGCCCGCAUUAGCCGCUUUGACUCUGGUGGUGGUAGCCGUUGGGAUUCAGGAGGCCGUGGUGGGAUGAGAGAUGGAGGGUUUGGUGGUAGGGGAGGGAUGAGGGAUGGUGGAUUUGGGGGUAGGGGUGGGAUGAGGGAUGGUGGAUUUGGUGGCCGAGGUGGCGGGAGGGAUGGCGGGUUCGGCGGAAGGGGUGGGAGGGCUGAUUUCUUUCCAGGGCGUGGAAUUGGGCCUCGCGGCUUUGGAGGGCCUGGCCCACAUGAUCGGUUCAACAGCAUGGAUGGACGUGGAGGACGAGGCCGUGGGCGGGGCCGUUUUGGGGAUAGGAGAGACGGUCCCGAUCGAGGCAGAGGAAGAAAUUACAGCCGGAGCCCUGAUAUGGUUAGGACAUGGGUUGGUUACAGCCGGAGCAGGAGCCGGAGUCGGAGCCGCAGCCGGAGCCGGAGUUGGUCGAGGAGCCAGAGCCGCAGCAGGAGCCGGAGCUGGUCGAGAGGACGUUCUCAUAGCUACAGCCGUAGCCCUAGCCGAAGCAGGAGCAGGAGCAGGAGCCGGAGCCGCAGUUAUGAGAGGGCGCCACGGGUCAGCAAGUUUGAUCAGAGAGAACCCAGGGUUUCGGGCUUCGAUGCUCCACUUGUCCCAAACCCAGCUCCUCCAGUUCCCUUGAAAACACAGGACAGUGCAGCUGCUGCAGUUGAGCCCUCGGACCAUGUGCAGCCGGUUGAUACUGUUGGCAUGUCACCUCCUGAGGCUGGAGCAACCGACCAAGAUGAGCAGCCGGCUGUGGAGCUCUAAACAUUGCCUCGAUAUUUUUCUCUGGCUUCAGGCCGGACUGGAUGAACCUCAACCACCAUCCCACCGAUUCAUUAUGGUUCCACAGAUCUGGUAGCUGAUACAGGGAUGGCAUUUCCAGAAUGUCCGAGGCAAUCCACUGGGGGAUUUUUUUUGGUUUGCGAGGGUUUGGAAUCGAAUCUAUGGUGUCGCUGGUGGUCGCGAUUGGAGAGGUACGGCACAAUUUCUUUACUGUUUAUCUGGAUAAUAUAGGACCUUUCUUUGUGGGGAAGCUGAGUAAUAGGGCUCUUUUGGUCCUUUGAAUUAUUUUGGCCGUUCUUCUUUGGGUUUAUGACUUUACAUGUAGUAAGAAAUGAGCUCUGUUUUCCGGCUCACAAUUGUAUUCCGACUGUGCGAUGCUAUUGAUUCCUAUAUGAAAUUGAAAUGAAUUUUUAGGCAUUUAGCUUCAUGUA